CAUUCAUACAUAUCAAAUACCACUGGUCGAUCUUAAAAGUGUCGAAAAAAAAAAAAACAGAGAUCAAAAACAAAGAGUGUUGUAGUGAAAAUGCAGACCGGAAAGAAUGUCGCUUCGUCGGUGAAGGAGUCGGCAGCCAACACCGCCGCGUCCGCAAAGGCUGGCAUGGACAAGACCAAGGCCAACGUGCAAGAGAAGGUGGAGAGAAUGACUACACGGGAUCCUCUUCAGAAAGAGAUGGCCACGGAGAGGAAGGAAGAGAGGGUCAACCAAGCUGAGCUCGACAAGCAGGAGGCACGUGAUUGCCACACCCUGGAGCGGCAAGCGGCGGCCACUGGCGGGACGCACACCUACUCCACCACCGGAGCCACCGGUCAACCAACCGGGAUGCACCAAAUGUCGGCUUUGCCCGGCCACGGCACGGGCCAGACGACGGGGCAGGUGACUGAGGGUGUGGUGGGGUCCCACCCUGUCGGGACAGAUCCGAAUGUGGGUGCUGGCACGAACAAAGGCUAUGGAACUGGUGGUGCUCAUCGUUGAGAGAGAAGAGAUGCAUGUGUGCUGGUCAAUGUCCGAUAUUAGCGUGUGAAAUAGGACCUACAAUGUUUUCGUUGGGACUAUGCUCUAGUUUGUCUUUCUGUUCUAUAGUGUUUUUGUUUGCAGUGUGUGCUUUCAUGUAAUGUCUUGAAAAAAAAAAAUGGUUUUCAUGUAAUGCGUUUGAUUAUCAGUGUAUACCGUAAUUCAAUAAAAAUAGCUUGACUAUGUCUAUUGGGAGAAACCGCGUGUUAUUUUCUGUAUUAUAAUGUU